CAUCCGAGCAUCGACUUCCUAACUGCCAACGCAGCAGCCAAUCCUGUCACAGCUCAGCUAUAGAGCUCUGUGCACCAACUUCCAGAAAGUAGACGCGACCUGGAAGUUCAAAGCUGCCUGUGCAUACAUACCUGUAACCGUUAUUUCUACCAUAGAAGCUGCUCUUCUCCGCCUUCCCCUGUGUCAUCCAUCCAAUCAGCCCUCACCUCAAUGAGCAGCAGCCGGCAUGUCUGAGGAACGCAGCAAGAUAACUCUGUCUCUUCGAAGCGGCAAGCGACGAAAGGCCCGCCCCGUCAUUAGUGCACCGCGACAAAUCUCUGCACCAAUUCCGCAAGAUGGCUCGACUGGAGGCACAACUGCUGGCCCCGGUGGACUGGUUCCGCUGCCCGAGGCGCCUCGGCCGCGACCUGUAGCUGCUGGUGGAAAGACCUCUGAUCUAGUGAAGAAACGAUUCUCUUCACGAUUCAACAACUUACCCCCCGAAUUCGACGCGGCCGCCCCUCCAGUGCCGAGUCUCCCCCCUCUUGAACGGUACAACACCGACUAUCAACCCCCUCCGUCACGAGCAGGGCCGGGAGCUGCUCCCACCGUCGAUCUAAAGGCAUUGCGAGACCCGAACCUUACUCCCGACCAAUAUGUAUCCUCAGUACUGAGUGAGGCGAGCGAGGAUCAGAUCCAAGAGUAUGCCGAAUCGCUGCAGGGCAUCAAGACACGCGCUGCUGCGGACCUUCAGCAGAACCUAUUGCAGAAUCGGACGCAGUUCAUUAAAAUCAGCAAGGAAGCAGAGAAGCUAAAGGGAGAGAUGCGAGCACUUCGCAAUCUAAUGUCUGAGCUCAAAGCGAACACGACUGCCCUUAGACAAGCUUCCGGUAGGGGAGAAAUGGAUACAUCUAUAGGGGGGGGCGCCACAAUGAGCAAACGAGACAAACGCAGCUCCAUUGUAGAUCGAAGUGCUCUCUGGACCACGCAGAUGCAAACUCUCUACAAGACAGUAGAAGGCUCUCAAAAGUUCCUGCCAAACGCGAUAGGACGGCAUGUGGUUCUUAAUGCUGGUCCUUGGAUCGAAUUGGACAAUGCAACCUACAAGAGCAGAAGAGCCAUGCAAAUCUUCUUACUCAACGACCAUCUUCUCAUCGCCUCCCGGAAGAAACGCAAGGUCGACGCGCCCAACUCGGAUAGCCGUGGACCGAUGGUGAAGCUGGUAGCUGACCGCUGCUGGCCCUUGCUCGAUAUUGAAGUCAUUGAAAUGCCUGGAACAGGAGAUUCUAUGGGCGGCCGUAAUAAGUUGGCUGAUGCCAUUAUGGUGCGAGGCGGUGGUCAGGAGACAUUCAUCUAUCGGACAGAAAAGCCAGAAGCAACUGAGAAGAAAGCGCUGAUGAUGAAUGUUCGCAAAGCAGUGGAAGAGCUACGCAAAGGGUUGCAGUCUGAGAUGGAGGCCAAUAACAAGGCAAGAGAGACGAUUAACUACUUUGCUUCCAGAGACCCAGGUCUGCUCCAAAAGACGGAGCUGCUAGAGACGCUAUCUGAUAUCAAGGACAUGUUGAUUGAGGUGGACGGCAAACAGCAGAAUCUGCGCUGGGUCGAAGGCCAAAUGGAUGAGCUUGAUAUUGAUAUUGCUCUUCAGGGAUUCGAACCGGCAGUGGCGCGCGUAGAAAAGAUGAAGGGGUUGGCAAGGGGCCUCAAGGGCAACACUGUGGCACAAGACUUUAUCAACUUUGAAGUUGAGGAGAGGUGCGGUAAGCUUGCGGGCAUCAUUAUUCAGCAGCUGGAGACGACACACAACCAGCAGAGCAAGACGAAGCGAAACUUGAGCUGGUUGGCCAGACUGGGAUAUGAAGACAGAGCCAGAGAGGCGUAUCUUGCGGCCCGUGGCGACACGAUUCACAAAAGAGCAAGACAAUGCAUCUUCCAGGGCGAUUUGCAUUUAUACAUUUGGCAGCUAUCAUUUGUAUACUUUACCCUUAUCCACAACACGGUCCUGUGCUUCCAGAGCUGCUUCCCUCCCCCUAUGAUGAGCACGUGUGUCAAGUGGGCAAAGGAGCAAGUCGAAGCUUUCAAUGUGAUUCUUGCCAGGCAGUUGAGCAGCACAGAACGCGGCGGACAAGUCUGGACGCAGUGCAUGGAUCAGGCCAGAGAACAUGCCAAGAAGCUGUCCGAUGUGGGCCUUGAUUUUUCAAGCUUGGUUGGUAAAGGUGUGGAUGGGCCUCCAGCUAGUUCGUCGGUUGAAAGCCAGGGUCUUGUUGGGCUGGGCCUGGCUUGAAGAAUGCGUUGAUAGUAGAGAGCUGUCGAGAGCUGUCGAGACAGGAGAUGGAAACUUGGUUUUAGAUUAUCUUGAAGAUGUUUGUUCUUAGACAAGACAAAAUGGAACGCGGCAAGAGGAGGUGACAUGGUUAUACAUUUUUAUUCUCUAUUAUGCAUCAUAUGCUAUAAUAAUUACGGCUAUCAUUUAUAGCUACUUUUUUAACUGUCGUUUGCAUAUUGAGUCGUGGAUACUAUGUUAUCCGCCUACCAUAGUGUCGUCGAGAGAUCGUGAUGCGGUAUCUUUCGAUUGCCCUUAAUAGUAGACAGAGCCUGCAAUGAGAUAUACGCUGAGGCAGUGG